GCGGAGCAGGAGCUAAGCCACACAGCGCGACCGCUCCGCCAGCCCGGCCGGCGCUGGGGGAGGCGGCUGCCCGAGCGGGGCCGCCCCCGCGCCUCUCCCUCCCUCCCGCCCCGCGUCGCCUGGACCACUGGGAAAGAUGGAUGGACACGUCUUGGGAUGGAUUGUCCUGCUGUGGAUCGCAGCUGAGGUGGAAGGGUUGCAGGUCACUGUGCCUGAGAAGAAGAAGGUGGCCAUGCUGUUUCAGCCUGCUCUGCUUCGCUGCCAUUUCUCCACUUCUUCCACCCAGCCAGCUGUGGUGCAGUGGAGGUACAAAUCUUAUUGCCAGGACCGGAUGGGAGAAGCUUUGGGAAUGGUGACCUCUGGGUUACAAACAAUGAGCAAGAGGAACCUGGAUUGGGAUCCCUACCUGGACUGUGUGGACAGCAGAAGAACGGUCCGUGUCGUGGCCUCCAAACAAGGAUCUGCCAUCACUAUAGGGGACUUCUAUAAGGAAAGAGAUGUCAGCAUUGUCCACGAUGCAGACCUGCAGAUUGGGAAGUUGAUGUGGGGAGACAGUGGGCUCUACUACUGCCUUAUUAUCACACCAGAUGACGUGGAGGGCAAGAAUGAAGAAUCAGUGGAGCUGCUUGUGCUGGGCAGGACAGGGCUGCUUGCUGAUCUCUUACCCAGUUUUGCUGUGGAGAUUAUGCCAGAGUGGGUCUUUGUGGGCCUAGUGAUCCUGGGGGCAUUCCUGUUCUUCCUCCUGGUGGGGAUCUGCUGGUGCCAGUGCUGCCCACACAGCUGCUGCUGUUACGUCCGCUGCCCCUGCUGUCCUGAGUCCUGCUGCUGUCCCCGGGCAUUGUAUGUAGCAGGCAAAGCAGCAAAAGCUGGGUACCCUCCUCCAGUCUCUGCCAUGCCAGGUCCAUACUACAUCCCCAGUGUUCCUGUAGCUGGUGUCCCAUCUCCUGCUGUGCUGAUGGAUAAGUCGCACCCCCCUCCCUUAGCCCCAAGUGACGCCAGUGGUGGAAGCCAAAAUGCAGUGCGCAAAGGGUACAGAAUCCAGACUGACAAGGACAGGGACUCCAUGAAGGUGCUGUACUAUGGAAAAGAACUGGCUCAAUUUGACCCAGCCAGGAGGAUGCGAGAACGAUAUAACAACACCAUGUCUGAGCUCAGCUCGUUGCACGAAGAGGACCUGAACUUCCGCCAGCCCUACCGCCAGUCGCGGAGGAAACCCCUGCCUCCCGCGGGGGACAUGGAUGGGGACGCGGAAUACUGGGCGGGAGUCAUUGGUGGGGGCAGCACUCAGUCCAGGUCUCAGGCUGUCUCUGAUUACAGAGAUGAGCGGGACAGUUUCUGGCACAGCCAGCAGAGAUCCAAGUCUGAGAUGCUGUCCCGUAAGAGUUUCUCUGUGGGAGUGCCAGCUGUGUCCAUGGACGAGCUGGCAGCCUUUGCAGAGUCCUACAGCCAGCGGCCCCGGCGGGCAGACAGCCAGGAGACGCGGCGCUUCGAGCGGUCGGAGUCGCACAGCGGCCGCAGCGGGGGGCUGCCCCACCAGGACAGCUCCAUGGAGGAAUACUACUCCAAGCGCAGCAGAGGGAAUCGGGAGCCACUGACGGACUCGGAUCGGGGCUGGUCGUACAGCCCACCCCGGAGACGGGCCCAUGAGGAGAAGCACCUUCCCAGGCUGGUGAGCCGGACGCCCGGAGGGAGCCAGAAAUACGACCACUCCUACCUCAGCAGCGUCUUGGAGAGGAAAUCCCGGAGCUACGACGAGAGUGGUGACCAUUGCGCCACCCCCUCGAAGCUGAGCUCGCAGCCCAGCCAGAGAGGAGGGGGAACAUACUAUGCCUGGUCACCACCCUCCACCUACAAAGCCGAGAAGUCGCAGCAGCAGCCGCAGCAGUCGCUGUCGUCUCAAGAGGAGGAUGAGGAGGAGGACAGCCUGCCUCCCUACAGCGAGAGGGAGCUGAGCCGGGGCCCCUCGUACAGGGCCAGGGAACAGGCCUACCUCAAUACCUCUGACAAGAAGAGGAAAAAGGACCCCAAGAAAACAAAUGAUUUCCCAACAAGGAUGUCCCUUGUGGUUUGAAGUUGUGGACAUCUCAUAUUGAUGGGCUGGAUAUCACAAGGUGACUGCAGCGGAGAAGAUACAGAGCAACCAGCAAGACUCUGUGACCCUUUGCAGCCAUCAGCCAUGGACUGUUUCAGUUGUUUGGUUCAUCAGGGGAGCAGAACCUUUUGUAAGAGACGGCCAUGAACAGCACUCGGUCCCAGAGGCUCUGGGAAUCUGCCAGGAAAAUGAGGCCAGUGCUUUCUUUUUUUCCAGUUUUCCAGUGCCCUCCAUUCUGCACUGGAAGGCAGCCACCUCCCUACUGUCCCUGAAGCCCUCCCUGCAGUCCUGAACUACAAGUGGGGAUGCCUUUGUACCUCCUGCCCUGUCUCAUGUGCAGAGGGAGGCCUGUGCAUACCUCUUGCUCUCUGCCUCCUCAGUUCUCUGGAUCAAAAUUGUCAUCCAUACUUAGAGCCUUUUCUGUGUCAUCCCCAUGCUGGGACGAGGCCUUGUUCUUACAGCUGCAGACUGCCUCCAGCUGAUCGGGCCCUAAAUGGGAAAGAAAAUUCACAUCCUUUCAGACACUGUAAGAAAAGGACUGAUGAAGUGUUAACUUUGAUAAGGGCUGAAUAGAAAAAGACAAUUAUGAUGCUGGUUUGUUCAAUAUUUAGUUUUCAUUGUGUGAUGAGAGUUUCAGGUGAGAUUGAUGUAUUGUUUUGAAAGUGGGUCAAAUUAGCUUUUGUUAUGAUGAAAGCAUGAUGUGUUUCCCCCCUAUCCACAACUGCGUUUCGUUUUGAUGCAGUUGCAUUUCCUUGCAGCUGAGCUAUGACCCUGUAGAGCUUCAGGCUAGAGUACCUACUCCACUGUACCAUAAGCAGUGCUCUAGCCUCGCUGGCGCUCUGCUUCCAGCACCACCAGACAUCCCUGCAUAAUAAGUGGCCUUUUUCUUUUAAAGAAGCAAAAAGGGGACAGUCUCAGUGAGAAGGCAGCUGCAGACCUUCAUUCCGUGCUACUGGUAUCUCUCCAUUCUGGGAAUUGUUUCCAGACAUUGAGGACAGCAGUAACAGCUGUGGAAAAAGAAUUAAGCUCUGUGGAUGGACACAAGCUUUGAAAGUCACCCUUUUUGCUUACAACCAUUUCAUUCUCCUUGAUUGGGAUGUUGGCUGUUGUCUCAGGAAUAGUUGAAUUUAGAAGUGAGUGAUUCACACCAUUUGGAAGCCUGACAUUCUUUUUUUUCAUAAUGUAUUAUGCAGUCAUUUAUUUAGCUGCUAAAAUCAUCAUGUGAAGGAAGAUGAUGGGAACAUUUCAAGGGCCAGUAUCUUGCCCCCUAUUAUGCCUAGAAACAAGUUGGUGCCCUAUUGUGUUAUGGACAUUGUCAGCCUCUGAAAUUACAUCUUUGUUGUUGCUCUGGGAAUUUGGGAACCUAUCUGGUCUCAGGUGCUGAUACUGGUAGUACUGUUCUGAACACAAGGUGUAUUAACAUCACUGCAGUUCUCCAUAAAAAAUGAUAGAUUAAUUUCUGUAUUACUCCUUUGCCAGGUCAGUUCACCCACCAGGAAUGGUCAGGGGAGAGGAAGAGUAAUCUCCAUAGAUCUGAUGAGAGCGCAGUUUUCAUGUGAGAAGGUGAAUGGGUAAAAGGAUGGCUUUCUUCUCCCACAUUCCUCUGUAGUUUUGGAAAUCAUAGUCCUGGGUCUUCCUGGCAGAGAAGGAUUAGCCUGCAGGGACAUACAAUCAUGGAAUCACAGAAUUGUUUGUGCAGGAAGUAGCUGUUAAAGAACAUCUGGUUCCAACUCUCUGCCAUAGGCAGGGACAUCUUCCACUGUAUCAGGUUGCUCAAAGCCCUGUCCAACUGGACCUUGAACACUUCCAGUGAUGGGACAUCUGCAGUUUCUCUGGGCAGCCUGUUCCAGUACCUCACCACCCUAAUAGUAAAGAAUUUCUCCCUUGUAUCUACUCUAAAAUUACCCUCUUUUAGUUGAAAAUCAGUGCCUCCUCCCUAUUGAGGGUAAAAAGUCAAGGUAGAUGGCAUGAGGUGCACUUUCCUUAUCCCUCGGUACAGUCACUCAAUCACAGAAGACCUCCAAGUGAGCAGGCAUGAUUUGCUCUUGGUGAAGUCAUGCUGGCUGUCUCUAAUCACUUCCCUGCCAUCCAUAUGCCUUGACAUAGGUUCCAGGAGGAUCUGUUCCAUGAUCCUAGAGGUGAUGCUGAGUGAUCAAGAUUUCGUAGGGUCCUCUUUUUUACCCCUCUAAAACAUGGGUGUGAUGUUUCCCUUUUACCAGCCACAGGGAACCUGACUACCAUGACUUUUCAAAUAGGGAGAGCAGCUUACCAACUACAUUUGCCAGCUACAUGCCAACUACAUCAGCUUGUAUUGUGGUUGGAGAGACUAAAUGUUAAGUAUUUUCAUCUCUUCUCAUCACUGAUGUGUCUUCCUAGGGAAAUCCCAGUACAGGUAAUAAGAAGUAGGUAGGUGGCUGCCACCCGAGACCUCUGGGGCCUUGAGGAGUCUACAGAGCCACACUUUGUGCUGUUUUAAAUUAACAUUUCAUCCCUGACAUAUGACGGUACUGGCACGUUGAUGUUUUGUUAGUCUGAAAACCUUGGGAACCCUUAUGCCAUGAAUUUUAAGGGAGAUUAGCCUGCUAUCCUUUCCAUCAGACAUCCAGAAGAUCAGUUUACAUAGAAAUUUGAAAGGCAUCUGCAACAAUGACUAUGUCAGAAAGGGGCCAAAACUGAUUUUACAGUCUCUGAAUACCUCUAUCUUUUAAAUCACACUGAAAGCCGGAGCGUCACAAUCUCUUUUUCAUUUCCGUUAUGUUCUGUCCCUUAUCCCAGUCACUGCAGUUUAUUUGAUCAAGCCCUCAGGAAUAAGUUGUGUGUAUUAAAAAUACAAGCCUUCCCCUCAUUUAUUUGAGUUGGUUUUGUUUGCUCAGUGCUUGUACUUUAGGGGCACCUGUACACUGUGUGUAAGAAGUUGCCAUUUGUAUAUCUAGCUUAUAAAUAAGUAGUUGCAAACUAAUUCUCUUAAAACUGUUUUAAUUAUAGAAGAAACUGUAAGAACCCCUCCCCCAUUUCUUCAAUCCACGUAGCUGGAAAACAAUUGAAGAUUUUACUACUAGUGAUUGUAAAAGUUUUACCAGAUGAUAAGAAUUUCAGCCUUAAAAAAAAAAAAAAAAAGAGCAGGUCUUAAUUCCCUGAAGUCAAAUCUGGGCAGCACCUUGCUCUAAAAUUUAAGAUUUCACAUGUCCCUGUACAGAUCUGAAAGGCAUUUUCAUUAUUUCCAUUUACUGAUAGUGUCUGUCCUCAGGCCAUCUUUCUUUUUCCCAUUAGAAAUGUGUCUGCAGCAGCAGCAGGAGCAAAUGGACCAAAUCAAGAAGCGAGGGGUGAUGUAGAGUGUUUUACAGCUACACAACCCUAAUGACCCGUGACUCCUGAAUGGGGGAGCAGGGGGCCAGAGGCUGCUGGAGAGCCAAAGAGGAGCUUCCUGUUUCAGGAGAGAAGCAAUGGUUUGUGUCUGCAUCAUCUUCCAGAACACCUGCAGAAUGCUGGCACUGGAAGAUAACAAGCCUGGUUAUUAUGUGGUCUCCAAUCAUUAUAAGUUUUCCAGUUAUCAAUUUUUAUUGCUGGCAUAAAAUUAAAAUCCUUUUCAUACCAGAUAUGGAUGUCUGGGUCAUGUGAAGGACACGGGUAGUUUUGUGAUCUUGAAAUCACAACAACCAACAGCAUCUCACUAAGACAACCGAGAUGAUGAAUGAAUUCUUUAAAAAUAAAAGAACCCUUAGAACAACAGCAGGAUCAAGCAUCAGUGGUAGAUUUGGCUGCCAAAAAAAGUGAUCUUGGCUAGUGAAAAAAAGUUUUGACAUAAUGGAAUGGGAAAAUAAACAGCAGUGAUAAUGACUUCUCAUCAAUCCCAUUAUUCCUUUAGAGCACAUUGUAAAAGUUCCACUGGGUGGCUUCAGUGUGAAUAUCCUCAGAACACUCCAUUUCCACUGAGAUGGAAAAUUAACAAAACUAGCACUUUGAAUAUUUUAAAUUUCUGAGAAACUCCAACAUUUAUAACCUGAAACAGCCAGGCAGAAUGAUUCAGUUCUUUGUGCUGGCAUGUAAUACAGGGCACUGGUGGUCAUCUCUGCCUUUGUUCCUGCAGUCAGGUCAGAGAGGGCCAUCAGCACUGUCCCCCAGGCUCACCUCUCCUCCCCUGCAGCCAACACUGGCAGCUGUGUCUGCUGAGUUUCCCUGUGGGGUCCCAGCUCCUGCUCAGAUGUCCCGGUCCUUCCACAGCUCACUGAAUUGUGGUUUUCAUUCUGGCUUGUGACUUUGGGUCCCUGCUGGCCAAGGACUGCAGUUACAGUGCCUUUCUGUCCUCUUCCAGGUGGGCAGCACCAGUUAACCUGCAACGUAAGACAUUUUUGGUUUUGCAGUCAACCACUUUUACACUCCAGUCCUCUUCAGGUUUACCUUAAACUGGCCAGAUAAAUUAGUGUGUAAAGCAAGUAUUGGGCACUGUAAGAUGGAAGUGGCCCUUUGCAGGGAAGAGAGAAGACGUUUCAGAGUAUUUUCUCUGGGGAGCGUCAGGAGGGUUAACCACACAUGGAUGCCACUGCUGGGCUGGUACCAGAUUCCUCCAAUAACAGUGAUCUGACAUUGCACAGAAGAGCUUUCCUUGGUCAGGUUGCUCCUACAGGUCUGGGUUGUUUUGAGCAAAUUGACUGGGAACUCUCCAUACUUUGGAAGAGGAUUCUUGUCUCUUUGAGUCCCAAGGUUCCUCACAAAGCUGCUUCUCUUGAGAUACAGGACAGCCACUGGGCUGUACAAAUAUAGAUCCAUGAGAAGGAACAAUCACAAAGUAUUUCAGAAGUCAGAUCUUGCCACAAAGUGUUACAGGUACAUAAACACAGCACCACAGUGUUUAGCAUGCCUGGGCUAUUCUGAAAAUAGUUUUAAUGAUGCGGAAAUUGUUGAGAAACCACAUGGAGCUGUCUUCCUUUUUCUCCAGGAAGCUUCCACACAAAGAUGUGGGUGAGGACCUGUUCUUUGUCACUAAGUACAGGUUUUAGGAUGUGAGGAAAUAAAAGCUAAAGGGACUUUAGCUCAUUUUUUGUCUGGAUCGAGCAGCAAGGUUACCUUUGGCAUAAGCCAGAUGCUGCAUAUUUGACCCUAUGAUUCCCAAAAUCUCUGUGGUGCAGCAUCUCCAUUGGGCUCCACUGGCUGUAUGUGCCUUCUGCAACAGUUAUGAUGUUGAAACCACCUUCAUCAUCACCUGGGGCUCCUAAAGUCCCUUUCUCAUGUCUUGGAAGAUCAGGAAAGGGAUCCAUUAUGUGAUAUGACAGAACAGGUAUCAUUUUGAUAUGAUGUCAGAAAUGCCAGCUGGAUUGCCAGCGUUAGAAGCAGAAAAAAUCUAAAGAAUAAAUUUGGCUAAUACUAAAGGAAGGAACCCGCCACAAUUCCCAUAUGAAUUCUUUUGUGACCUUUAUAAUUGCUUUUCGACAUUCCCCCCUGCCUGCGCGGGGACCUUUGCCAGGGAGCCCAUCACCUCCUCUCCCUUUUGCCUGUAAUUUUUUGUCAUGCUUGUAGUGCCUCUGUGACCCCUCUGCUUUCCUUUGGCUGUUUCCAGUCAACGUUCAGCGUUGUGCCUCGGGGUCCGGACCAGUUUAGAUGUAGAACGAGUGGCAUUUUGUAAAAUGACAUUUUUACCCCCUAUAAAAGCAAAAAUUUACAGAACACCCACAACAAACCCCCAAACCCUCCAGAUAUUCUCUCAAGCCCAAGCAGGAAUGUUACUGGAAACAUUUUAAAAAUUAAAGCUGAACAUAAUUUCAAGAAGAGUAAGGAUUGUUUUCAGCCCCAGGGCAGCUACAGUCAGAGCUGUGAAGUGCAAACAGCAGGAGCAAAUGCACUCAGGUUUCAUUGUCCUUGGUGAGAACAGCGGCAGAGAGAAGCAGCAAGUAAUGAGUCGGAAGGCAAGUGGAGUUCCAAGAUGUUCUUAGGUACGUGUGAGUUAGAAGUGUGAACUAAAAGUCGACAGGCUCAGUUUAAAAGCAAAAUUCAGUCCAAGGAAAUUUGAGCCCCAGCUCAGAGGUACUGUUCUCUUGCUGUUUACCAACAAGCUGGGUUUUUUCCCUGCUGCUGUUGCUGCCUGCCACAGCCAUUUCCCAGCCAUCACACAGUGAGUGGCUUUCUUUGCUGUACUUGGCUGUCAUUAUUUUACUUAGAUUGUCCUUCUCCCCUGUAAUGAACUUAUUUUCAGUAUGAGGGGAAGAAGGACAUAACAAUACUCUAUAAUGAAAAUGUAACAGUUUUAUAUCUUCUUGAGACACAUCCUCAUCCCCAAUUACCAAGCAUUAUACAUUUGCCAUGCUUACAGUAUCAAAGUUGUUGUCUUUGAGUUGUCACCAUGGAGAAUAAAAGCAGGAAAAGCUACCACCAAUCUGCCUUUUUAUUAUCCUGCAGACGAACAAUUUUCUCACUUUAUGCUAAAAAAUGAGCAGUUUACACGAGUGGUUUUCGACCCAUUUUUUGUUUAAAGGACAAUAAACCAAACAUUUUCAAAUGGAGCAGGAGACCCUUCAUAAGUUGCAUACCAUUCACAGGAUAACAUAAACUAACCCUUUUUCCUCAGCCUCCUUUCAUACAAGAAAUCCCUGCAAGUACCCUGUGGAGCCACAGUACUUCACAGAAAGGACAAACUCUCCCCUGGUUUUGCAGACUUAAAAACUUUUUCUCUGUGGAUUUUAUUGGGAAACAUUUACCUUUUUCCUGUAGAAACUCCAUGUGCUUUUGGUAGUAUGACCUCUUUGUCCUGGAGCCUGCAGUACCCUGGACUGAUGGUUUUUGUCUCUCAUAAACAAGCAACUUCAUUCAGAUCCCAUCUCCAUGUUAUCAAUAAUGGAUUCAGACUCACACUGUUUGUAGGUGUAAUCUGAACAGCAUUUACAUGUUUAGAUCCAUGUCUGAGAGGUGUUACCAGCACUCAGGUGAGGAGAAGUGCACACAGCUCUGGUCUGUAUUUCCCUGUGCAAGGGAAAUCCCUUGGCUCUUCAGUUUCCUGGCUGUGGAAAGGGAAGCUAUCCAGGGACACCUGUUUCCUAGGACAAUGCCAGUCAAGCUGAGCAAGCUCAGGCCCUCUCUGGAUGCCUCUCUCAAAUCGUAGAAUAGUUUGUGUAAAAAGGGAUCUUUAAAGGUCAUCUAAUCCAAUCCCUGUGCAAUUAGCAGGGGCACCUUCAACUAGAUCAGGUUGCUCAGAGCCCCACCCAGCCUGACCUUAAAUGUUUUCAGGGAAUGGGCAUCCACCACCUCUCUGGGCAGCCUGUGCCAGUAUUUCUCCACACACAUUAUAAAAAAUGUUCCUUAUAUCUAAUCUGAAUCAACCUUUCUUCAGUUUAUACCAUUACUUCUUGCCAUAUCACAGAGGCCCUGCUAAAAAGAUUGUCCCCAUCUUUCUUUAGGCCCCCUUCAAAUACUGGAAGGCUGCAAUGAGGUCUCCCCAGAGCCUUCUCUCUUUUGGUCUAACAGCCCCAACUCUCUCAGCCCAUCUUCAUAGGAGACAUGAUCAGCCCUCUGAUUAUCUUUGUCUCCUCCUCUGGACUCAUUCCAGCAGAUCCAGAUCCUUAUUUUGGGGGCCCAGAGCUGGCUACCCAGCCAUGUUUUGGCUGCUCCUGGGGGUGGGUGAAGGGAGCUCCUGUCGAGGCGGUGGGAGGCAGAGGCCUGGCAAGAGGCUGAUGCAGUGGGGGGGGGGGUGGUGUUAAAGGCUUCUAAGCUUAACACUUGUCUCUGAAAAUUGUCACUCAUCCUUUAUUUGACCCAAUGUGAACGUGUUCAGAGUUUCUUUGGCCAGCUUUAUUCCUCCUCCGUCCCUCAAUGCUCGCCCCCUGCUCCCACAGAAACCUCCAACAUGGAGCAGGAAAGUUGCCCAUCUAUACCUUGAAGACUAAUGGGAGUGAGGAAGACCUGACAACAGAAGCACUGAGAGGUCACCCAGCACAGAGCUCUGUGGGAGGUCACUUCUGUCUGGGGAAGUGUUUGUGCCAGCAAGGCAGAAGCCAGAGAUGCCCCUGCAGCUCCCUCUGUAAACUCAUGGCUAACCCUCACACAGGUAAGGCUCUUCUGUGCCAAGACACAGCUGGUCCAGAGCUCUUGGCUGUAGACAGGUUUGUAUUUCAGGUUUUGAUUUCAGGGCCAUUUCAGAAUUAGAGAAAUGAGCCUGAAAAAAUUGCCUAAAGUGGCACAGGACCAUUUAUUACAGCAGGUGUGGUGUUUUCAUUUAGUCCUCACUGUGUGACAGAAAUCCUUUCUGUUUACAUCUCAAAUUGGUUUCCAUCAGCCUCUCCAGAGCAGGUGUGGGUGAUUUUCAUGUCCCAGUUAUCACAUCUUCUCUUUGAGCAACACAUCAUUCAGUGCACUUGUCUCUGAAUAGGUACUCCAGGGUAGUGAGAGGCAGAGCUCCAAGUGGUCACAUUUUGCACUCAAGAGCCUGCUAAAUGAUUAAUUAAUUUAGUCUCUUAAAGUUCCCUGCUUCCUGGCAAAGCCACAGUGUGUGUUGCUACAGGCCUCAGUCCUGCUCACCUCAGAAUCACAAGUUUUGGCAAGGGGCUUUGACAUCCAGUAAAGUGGAGAUCAGUGCAUGCAGAGAGGAUGUGUGGGGCUGGUACCUAGAAUAUUUUUCUUUAGACCUCAGAGUCCAAGCUCCUUGAGGUGGAACCAUUAGCAUAGCCAAGUGCUUGGGAUUCCUGAAAAAGUACAAACUACUCAAAUUAGUAAAACCACAGUGCAGGUGCAUCCCAGUGCAGCUGAUUUACAGAGACUGCAGUGUGCAAUCCUGGCAGUCAGAACCACCUGAUGCUACUUGGAACCUACAUCUUUGCAGAACUGAGCUGCCAAGACUUGGAGAGCACUCGGUCUUAUGCAUAAAUAGGCCUUCACCUGAUGGACAGUGACAGAACUUGUGUGGGUAGUGAGCUCUGAGCCUAAGGUAUGUUUUAAUUAGUACUGGGGGAGUGAAAUGGUGAAAUGUGUUUGGGGGUUUUUUGUUAAUUUUAAAACUUUCUUUUUUCCUUUAAAUAGAAAUAUGUUUUCAUAUUUAUAUAAAUUUUUGUCCUUGCUUCUCAGAAGAAAGAUCCGGGGCUGCCUUCUCUCAAGUCAGUAUGGUGCCUGAGUGCAAAAUUUUACUCUCCAGUUCCAGUAAAAUGCAGCCUAGGCUGGUUCUUGUGAAUAGUUGUAAAGGGAAAGCUUCUGCAGCAGAGCUCUGUCAUCAAGAUGUCACCAUGGACAGUCUGUCAUCACGACGAGAAACACUUCUUAAUUAAGCAGAGAUGCUGAAUUGUAGCUGAAACAAUUCCUAAGUGUCCCAACUUCCCUCAUCACAUCAAGGAGCCUGGAGUUAAAAAGCUCCCAACAACAAGGGGUUUUAGAGGAUUUCAAGAGAAUUAUAAGUCUAAAAGUUCAACACUUGAACAUGUUCAGCAUGUAGAGAACACAUUUCAAAAUGUGUUUGACGAGCAGAAGAAUAGUUUUGUACUACUUCAAAAACACCUUUGAAAGGCAGAGUAUGGAUGGCAUCCCAAGUAUUGCUGUGGAGAUCCGAGAUCCACACACUUCUGUGAAAAGCUCAACUUCACUUGCAAGCAAAUCGAUUAAGAAGCAGACCUCGCAGCCAAGCUUGACUGAUUUCUCAUUUGAGCAUCUCAAUUACACCGAUUUCAUGAUUAGGUUUGUUCAGAUUAAUGGGAAAAACAAAAAGAAUCCAUGGUCAAAAUACUGGAAAAAGAGUUUAGGUUAAUGAGCGAGGACACCGGUGUUUAUGAAGCAGCUGGUAGGGAGAGCCUGGGAGGAGAAAAAGAGAACAGCUGCCUGCAGAUAAGCACUAAAUUCAAACACAGGAGCAAAGUGAAGGGGAACAUGCUGGUGUGCUUUUAACACAUCAAGUGGCAACACAAAAAUGCUGUGCAUGAAUACCGAUCAUCUCACUCAGCUGAUUAGUACCUCUAGGUUAUGUCUACACCAGUGUGUAAUAGGGCCCCAGGGAGCGAACCUGGCUUCUUAGUCCCUGACCAUCUGCUUUCCCAUUGUGGCAAUGGAUGCGUCUCCAACUGGGGCUGGGAAUGCAGAAACAACAAGUGAAAUGUGCCAGGCUUUUCCAGGUCUAGUCCUUUCCAGAAACAUAAAAAAAAAGAAGAAGGAAAAGCAACAAACAUCUUAAGUGAUGUAUUUCUUGGGAACUAACAGCAAUAUUGGCCAUGUUAUUUCAUUCUUUUUUUUGGCCAGUCUGUUCUCUGACUCAGAGCUCUCAGUGGUAUGUACCCUGCUCCUUGUAAGGCUGUGGUCUAGACUGGACUACUAGAGUUGAAAAUGAACCCUUUGGUGUCUGUCAUUUAAGAAGUGUGGGUCCCCUUAUGGAUCCUGGAGCACGAGAACACUUACUCAGCAUAGCUGUAUUAAUUCAGACUCUAGGGGAGAAGGUGGCAGUAGACUGAGACCAAAUGACGGAAACCAGAUCUACUGCCAAUGGAGCAUGAAGCUGGGCCCUUUGGGGUAGCAGUUGGUGGACAGGGGAGGUAUGGAUGUAUCCACAUUGCUCAGCCAGCAAUUCCAGUCAUACUCUGGUCACAGCCUGCUCAUUUCCCCAUGAUCCUGUGUUCUUCAUGCUGGGCAUUCUCUUUGCCCUAAGUGAUCUCCCCCAUUUGGCAGCUCAGCUCUGUGUGAGAGCUCACCAGGCCUUGUAUGAGGCACUGAAAACAAAAAUCCUUCAGCACAACAGAUUUGACCUCUUUGUUUUCUCGCCUGAGGCACACUACGGUUUCUUCCUGUUUGUCUCUGUGGGUGGAACAGGCAUUUCAGUAUACGCUGCCACGUUCAUUACAGGGAGUUCUUCCUGCUAGAGAUAUUAACAUCUUUGUUAUUACUGCCAGUUCUCUCCUCCCCCGUACCAAGCGGUCGCCUGAGCUAGAAAUUCCUUUUAAGGACAGACUCCCAGUAGUAGUGUUCUCCUCUUCAAAGUGGAGAAGAUCUCUUCAGAGGUCAGUUCCUUCUGCUUUCUCAGAAUCCUGCCUCCCCCAUAUUCCUUAGAAAGUCAUUAUUAAAAUCGUCAAACUCCCUCACAAAAAUAUCACAGAAAUUCUAGAUAUCAGUUUCAUGAUUACCUCUUUGUAAUCAUUAACAACUCACAACCAUAGUGUUCAAAUUAAAAAGUUUUAUGCAAGAAAUAAUGUUUAACAUUUCAUAUAAAGUCGAAGUCUGACACAGCUUAUUUUUCAAAUGUCAUCCUUUUUCUGUUCAUCACCCGACAAUUAAAAGACUGCAAUUAAAAAAUUAAUCCCAAAUAAUUUUAAAAACCUUAUAAAAACAUUCAUAAAGUGCCACCCACAAAAGCACCUAAACAAGAAUUUGAGAGAAAUACAUAAUUAGAGUGUUAAUUUACUUAAUUGCUGAUGAGGACUAAGCCAUCAGACAGCAAUGUAAUUUAACAGUGAUACAACCCAGCAACCCCAUUCCAUGGAUGUGGCCCCAAAGCAGCAUCAGCUGGGCCCACAACACGUACACAGAGGCACCCAGCACAGUGUUGUGGGGGUUUCAAAUAAAUAAAUCCUAACGCCAUCUAAAACCAUGUACACCAGCACGGGAGACAUGAAGGUUCUGUGGGAAGCAGUCAUCCCAGGCUGUGGCCUUACUGCGAGGGAAACCCUAGCCAGUUUGUACAAACUUUAGCUGGUGUUUUUUGGGAUAAAAAGCACUCCCCACUAGAAAUAGCAGAAAGAGGGACUGAUCCUUGGAACGUCUCUGCGUUUGCCUUGAACGGCCUUGAACGUACUGUACCAUGAAAGUACCUCAUCCCUACAAGAGGGGCUUCAGGACAACCACCAACACCACAAUGAACAUUCACUAGUUCUUUGCUCCAGCAUCUGGGCAGUGCUCACUACUCACAAACAGAUUUAUCCAGAAGCAAAGGGGACAGGCUCUGAGGGUUCUCUCCCCCAAAAUUCACACCCCGUGCGAGAUGUUCAGGGAGCAGCUUUACACCUUCCCAGCACUAGGAUGCUUCCUAUGGUCCAUACAGCUUUCUCCUCUCCACCAGCUACCCUGCUUGGUGUUUCUGGUGGCGCAUCAGCUGGGGCUGGAAGCAGAAGCUCUGCCCGCCCUGGCAGCAGUGGUAGGGCUGCUCCCCAGUGUGGAUGCGGGUGUGCUUGAUGAGGUUGGAGUUGCUGCUGAAGCCCCGGCCGCACUGGCUGCACUUGUAAGGCCUCUCUCCAGUGUGGGUACGGGUGUGGUUAAGGAGGUCGGAGCUCUGCCCAAAACACUUCCCACCUGCCUGCAGGUGUAGGGCAGGAUGCCGGCGUGGGCCCGCUGGUGCUGCAGGAGGCAGGAGUGCUGGCUGAAGCUCUUCCCGCAGGCCGGGCACUUGUAGGGCCACUCGCCCGUGUGCAGCCACUGGUGUUUGAAGCAGGUGGAGCUGCCGCUGAAGAACUUCCCUUAAAAGGGACUCAGAGCUGCCUCGUUUCUAAUAACUGAUCCACAUUAGGACACGGACCAGACGUGUCGGACUCUGAACUGGUUGACAGCAAUCACAGAUACAGGUGUAAGCAAAGAGGAAAACCAGCCAUACUUACACUUCCUUAAUAAUGACAACCAAAAGACUUAUUACUCUCCUAAGAGUAUUUUAAAUACAAAAUUACUUUUUAGACACCAGAACUGGAUUUUCUUACUUGCUAACUCACCUCUUCUUUCUCCUCUAAGAUUCUCAGGCUAGGGGAGAAAGACCCCCAAAAAAAGCAAUCUGAUGUCUUGUCUGCUCUAGCUGUAUUCUCUCAGAUGCCAGCCUGGCAUCCCUGCUGAGCUCCAACAACCACCAUGAAUGCAACUCUCGGGCAGGGUGCUCUUACAAAUGCCAUCAUCACCCAAGACAAGAAUUUUUCCAUCACUAUUUAUUACUUUGAGGCCAAACCCAGACAAACAGUAAGCAACAGCAGUUAGCAGUUGCUGCAGAAAAAAAGGCAGAAGGACAGGGAAAAUACACUGGUAAGAAAAAUCCCACUUUAUUUUAAAAAGUAAGAAUCAAAGAUGUCAGGGAAGGGAUACCAUGGGGAUGAAUCUAUACCCAGAGAGCAACGUGCACCACAGGUAAAGCUGAGAUCACGUACAGGAAUAUUUUUAAAGCAUUUAACACAUUACUUUCUUUCCCCCCUCUUUGAUUCUUUAUAGGUACUUAAUACCAGUUUGCAUCACUUCAAAGAUGCUGUACUCAUCUUCAAGCUACCAAUCUCUCUGGACAACCAAUACCUCUGGACAACCGCUCAGGCUCCAGAUGGCAUUGACUUAACUGGACAGAUGAGCGCUGGUGCAAAUAAACACAGCAAACUGAUGGGUGCCUGGUCCUGGACUGCUUCAUCCACCAAAACCAGUUAUUUAACAAUGGGUAUUUUAAUAAGGGACUGGAUUGUGUCAGAAUCAAGGAGACAGCUCAGAUGAAUGGAACGGUUUUGGACCUUGAAUGCCAGUGACCACAAAACCACCAGUCUUGGAGUCUUUUAUCCUAUGUGGCAAAGCUGGAUAGAAAGAAAGUUAGCAAGCAAAAGAGACAGACUGCAGUCUUACUCUGAAGAACCAUGAAGAAAAAGAUAAUCAGACAAGCACAAAAGAAGCCUUAGCAAAAAAACCUCCCCCCUCAAAAUCAACCCAACAAAAUAACAAAAAAACUCCCAAACCUUCAAAGCUAAUAAUCUCAGUCCCUACUUAAAAUAUUUGCUGAAGCUGAAGUGGACCACCCCUGCAGAUGGGUUGUUUCUGAGGCAAUAGACAAAGGUAGGUUGCUUUCUGCAGCCCCGCAGCUCUCAGGAUUUUGCCACUACCGAGAAUUUCUGCUGCAACAGUCUGGCAGAACAAUCCAACCAAGCUAUUUACAUGCUGCAGUGUGUACCAGAUGGGCCACCCCCACUCCAGAGCAGGAGAAGUCAGAACCAUAUCCACACACAGACCUUUCCCCCAGGCAAUUCACCACAAACAGAAGGGUUUUGCUCUGGAAGCUGUCAACAAACAGGAACUUUGGAGGAGCAAAUCCACCAGCAUUUCAAAGGUGGUACCAGCACCUGACAAAUGCCCAAUGAUCACCACCCCGGGAAACAUCUAAGCAGGCAGACGAAGUACAAGGAAGAGUUCCCUUCUGACCCUGCCAAAGCUUCCUAGCUUGGGUUGCCACUGACACACAGCUGCUAUGCUCAGAUUUGCUAAGCAGCUCAGCAGAAAGCAGAUAACCUUUGUACAAUUAACAGGAUAGUCUGGAGAAAGAUUCCUAUGAUCACAGUCACAUCUCUGUGAAAGGAGGGGACAAACCUCAUCAACAGAGGAGACCUUCCUGCAGGGAUUUCAUCUGUUACUUGCAGAAGCACAUGUAUUGGGUUAUUGCUUGAAUGUGGAAACUGAAACAGGGGCAUGUGGAUUUACUGCAGGCAACAUCCACAGCUUUACUAAAACUAGAUAUGCAGGAUAUCCAAAUCAGGGGCUUUGCAAACACACCACACUGUUCCUGGGGCCCCGGCUUUAGUAUUGUGAUAGCAUAUUUUUGUAGCUGGAUCCUACAACAGAUGUUCUUUACCUUGGCUACUCAUUUUCUCUUCCAAACACUCAUCUCUGUUCCUCUCAUGGCUUUACAAAGGUGUAGGGGUUAUGGGAGCUCCAUCCUUUCAGCUUCUCGUGCUCCUGACUUGCCACCAAGUAGCUCUCCACAUGGUCGUGCCGGGCACAACAGCAUAAACUCCAAAUUUAGAAGGCAGCGUUCAAACCCUCCUCUCCCCAGCUAUUUUUUGGGGGGAUAGAUAACGCUUGCAGUAAAGUCAAAAGGUGAGGAUUUUUUUUUUUUUUUUUUUAAUCAGAGAAAGCGGUUCAGCAUGCAGCUGCACGCAUUUCUCUUGGGCGCGACGGGAGCCCCCCCUUCCCCGCACUGUCAGGUUUGUUCAUGGAGAGAACGACCGCCUUCCUGCGCAGCUCCGCGCCCGGCUGGGGAGCGGGUGGACGGGGACAGGGAGCGGAAUGGGAAGGACACCGAGGAGGGGGCGUACAGGAGAGGGCGAGCGCGACGUGGCUUUUGGCAACAAGGAAUUUCCACGGGGCACGGGUGCAAAGGUGCUGCGACCGGAGGCAGCGGGUGGGAGCUGCGGCAAGACAGGCGUCUGCUCUGCGGCAGGUGGGAAGCGGCGGAAACUGCAUCAUCAGUAAGGGAUGCGAGCACACAGGGAUGGUAACAAAAGGGACACGCCGGCGCUCCCCUGCUCCGAGCUGCCUCCUGUCCUCUCCUCCUCAGGCUCCUUCCUCCGCAUGGCCUGCACACAAAGGCUCUGCGUUCAGAGGGGGUGUCAAUCCCCGCUCCCAGCCCUGCCCCAGGUGCCGCCUGCCUGCGCCCCGGCGGACGGGGACGGCGCCAAUCCUACCUUAGGGCAACGCUGCCGCCCGGCCUCCCGGCUUCCCGAUCUGCGGGCAAGGGGCGCUGCCUGGGCGGGGCAGCCAGCUGGGAUACUCCCGGGAUACCCCUUUUCCGCCCGCAGCCCUCCCGGUGCCCCCCCUUGCAGGAGCCCGACCCCGGGAGCAGGGAUGGGCUGUUCGCCUUUGUAGCCGCCCCUCUUAAGGAGCCUUAAGCCCAGAACCUCUCCGCAGGGAGAUGCCCAAAGACGGGUCCUCGCCCACCGCAGGGGUUUGAUGCAGCACUGUGGGUUUGUGGCCCGUCCAUGGCUUGUUUCAUGUGCUGGAGUGCUUCCCCUUGUGUCCUGGUUUCGGCUGGGGUGCAGUUCAUUUCUUCUCAGUAGCUGGCACAGUGCUGUGUUUUGGGUUCAGAAUGAGAAAUAACGUUGUAAUUCAAGGAUUUGUGUGUGUGUGUCACGCUCUGCCAGUGAGGAGGUGCACAAAAGAAACUGAGGGAGCAUAGCUGGGGCAGGUGACCCAAGAUGGCCAAAGGGAUAUUCCACUGGAUAUUCCCCGGCAUAUAAAUUGGGAGGAGUUACCCAGAAGGUGGGCUGAUCUGGGUUUGGGAAGGAGGUCUGGCAUUGGUGAAGAGGUGGUGAAUGAUUGUAUUGUGCAUCACUUGUUUGGAUUUUUUCCUUUCCCUUUUUAUUACCAUAAUUAUUUACCAUUAUUACUGUAUUUUACUUUGUUUUCAACUAUUAAACUGUUCUUAUCUCGA